AUGGAUUCAGAAUUGAAAGAUUUAGAUCUUUAUGGAAUACUAGAGAUCCAACAGUCGGCUACUGAAAAGGAGAUUAAAACGGCAUAUCGGAAGAAGGCUCUACAAUGCCAUCCCGAUAAAAAUCCUGACAAUCCCAAAGCAGCUCAAUUGUUCUUGCAAUUAUCUAAAAUAUUGACUGUUCUUACAGACACAGCAGCUCGACUAGCUUAUGACAAGUUAGUAAAUGCUAAAAUUGCAGCAAAAUUAAGAGAAAAAGAAUAUGAUUCAAAAAGAAAGAAACUAAUAGAUGAUCUUGCUAGAAGAGAAAAUGAAGCAUUAGUAAAUCAAAAAAAUACAGUGGAACGCAAUUUCGAGAAAGAACUGGAGCGUUUAAGAAAAGAGAGUUCAUCUUUACUUGCAAAAGAAAGAGCCCGUGUUAAUGAGCUGCUUAGGCAGCAAGAAACUGAGAAAGAAAAGAUCGGUUCAUUCAAAUUAAAAGUUAAGUGGAAGGAAAAUGGAGUGUAUAAUAAAGACAAUUUAACAUCAUUAUUCUCAAAGUAUGGCGACGUAAUAACAGUUGUGGUUCUGGAAAACAAAAAAUGUGUUGCUCUUGUUGAGUACAAAUCUAAGACUUCUGCUAUAAACGCCAAAAACUUGGAAGUUGGUUAUCCAAAUUGUCCUCUAAUUGUGAGUUUUCUCGGGGAUUAUGGACAAGACACUAAAAAGAGUACCGCUAAUCAUACUUCUGUUCCAAAUCCUAGUACUAUAUUUUCAACUCAUCAAAAUUCAAAUGACAAUCAUGUUGAAAAUACCUCAUCUGCACAAGCUUUUUCGGAUUAUGAAGCAAUGAUACUUGAGCGAUGUAGAAAAGCUAAUAAACCACAACAAGAAAAUAGUAAUUCAAGCAAAAUAAAUACACAAGAACCUUGGGUCAUAUGA